AAGAAAAGCCUAUAUAUAUAUUACCAAGAUUUAAACUCUUAUGUUUUUGCACUAAACCAUUAAACACAUCACUCUCUAAUUGUCAACCACAUAACAUAAUCUUAAACUAUUCAACCAAUUAGUGGGUCAUUUUCUGGGUUGUUCUUCUUCUAUAAAUUUCUAGUUUUUUUUUGAACUCUUGCAGUUUUGUUUACUGCAAUGGCUCUCUGUGCAUUUUCAUUUCCUUCUCAUGCUGCAACAAGUUCAGAUCUUUACAAUGGGUUCUCUCAUUUGUUGCUCAAAACAGAUCUGUUGGGUCAAUCUUUGCAGAGAUUUAAUCAGACAAAGGGAAAGAAAAGGGCAGUUGGGAUAUGUGCAUCACUGUCGGAGACAGAAGAGUAUUAUUCACAGAGACCACCGACACCUCUGCUUGACACCAUUAACUAUCCAAUUCACAUGAAAAAUCUAUCAACCAAGGAGCUACAACAACUAUCAGAUGAACUGCGUUCAGAUGUUAUUUUCAAUGUUUCGAAAACUGGGGGUCACUUAGGAUCGAGCCUUGGUGUUGUUGAGCUCACUGUUGCUCUUCACUAUGUUUUUAAUGCUCCUCAAGACAGGAUUUUAUGGGAUGUUGGUCAUCAGUCUUAUCCACAUAAAAUCUUGACUGGGAGAAGAAACAAGAUGCAUACGAUGAGGCAGACGAACGGACUUGCUGGUUUCACGAAGCGAUCAGAGAGCGAAUAUGAUUGCUUCGGGACCGGCCAUAGCUCCACCACUAUUUCUGCUGGCUUGGGAAUGGCUGUGGGCAGAGAUUUAAAAGGAAGGAAGAACAAUGUUAUCGCUGUUAUAGGUGAUGGAGCAAUGACAGCAGGACAAGCUUAUGAAGCUAUGAACAAUGCUGGAUAUUUGGAUUCUGAUAUGAUUGUUAUACUUAAUGACAACAAACAAGUUUCUCUACCAACUGCUAGUCUCGACGGACCAAUACCACCCGUCGGAGCUUUAAGCAGUGCUCUCAGUAGGUUGCAAUCAAACAAGCCUCUAAGAGAAUUAAGAGAGGUUGCCAAGGGUGUUACAAAGCAGAUCGGUGGACCUAUGCAUGAACUGGCGGCAAAGGUUGAUGAAUAUGCUCGUGGGAUGAUCAGUGGUUCUGGGUCAACUCUCUUUGAAGAGCUCGGACUAUAUUACAUUGGUCCCGUCGAUGGUCACAACAUAGAUGAUCUUACUGCUAUUCUCAAAGAGGUUAAGAGUACUAGAACAACUGGUCCGGUUUUGAUCCACGUUAUCACCGAGAAAGGCCGGGGUUAUCCAUAUGCGGAGAGAGCUGCAGAUAAAUAUCAUGGAGUGACCAAGUUUGAUCCUGCUACUGGAAAGCAAUUCAAGGGCCAAGCUAGUACACAGUCUUACACAACAUACUUUGCAGAGGCUUUAAUCGCUGAAGCAGAAGCUGACAAGAAUAUUGUCGCAAUUCAUGCGGCAAUGGGAGGUGGAACCGGCUUAAAUCUCUUCAUGCGGCGGUUCCCUGAAAGAUGCUUUGAUGUUGGGAUAGCAGAACAACAUGCUGUCACAUUUGCUGCAGGACUAGCUUGUGAGGGUCUUAAACCUUUUUGUGCCAUCUACUCAUCUUUUCUGCAGAGGGCAUAUGACCAGGUGGUACAUGAUGUGGAUUUGCAGAAACUGCCUGUAAGAUUUGCAAUGGAUAGAGCAGGGCUUGUUGGAGCAGAUGGUCCUACACAUUGUGGAGCUUUUGAUGUCACUUUUAUGGCUUGCCUACCGAAUAUGGUGGUGAUGGCUCCUUCUGAUGAGGCAGAACUGUUUCACAUGGUUGCUACUGCCGCAGCCAUUGAUGAUCGCCCUAGCUGUUUCCGCUACCCAAGAGGCAACGGCGUUGGUGUUCUGCUGCCGCCGGAAAACAAAGGCAUACCUCUUGAGGUUGGUAAAGGCAGGAUUUUAAUUGAAGGAGAAAGAGUGGCACUUUUGGGUUAUGGGUCAGCAGUUCAGAGCUGUUUAGCUGCCGCCUCUUUGAUGGAAACCCACGAUUUACGCAUAACAGUUGCAGACGCUAGAUUCUGCAAACCUUUAGAUCAUUCCCUUAUUCGAAGUCUAGCAAAAUCACACGAAAUACUGAUUACAGUGGAAGAAGGUUCAGUUGGGGGCUUUGGAUCUCAUGUUGCUCAUUUUCUGGCUCUCGACGGUCUUCUUGAUGGAAAACUAAAGUGGCGACCAAUGGUUCUUCCGGAUAGGUACAUCGACCAUGGAUCACCGGCUGAUCAGUUCGUAGAUGCAGGUCUAACACCAUCCCACAUAGCAGCAACAGUAUUGAACAUACUUGGAAACAAAAGAGAAGCUCUGCAGAUAAUGUCAGCAUAGAGUAGAACAAUGUAAAAUAGAAAAUCACAGUAAGAUUUGUCAUGUCAUAAUCCAUUUAGUGUAAAAUGUAAAAUAGAAAAUCUCAAUAUUGUUUCAUA